UUCAUUUUCUUUCCUUUGAACAAAUCUAGCAGUUAAAACGACUCACCACAGUCUAUGUUUAGCUAGCCGGUGAUGGAGACUGGCAGCUAGCUAGCUGACGUUACUCCUCUGUCAGGCUAGCAUUUAAUAUAACGCUAACUUACUCAGCAGCUAUUCUGCUUUCACGGCGUGUGUUCAUUACAAUAUAGCUUCUCAUUAGAAAAUCCACAAAAUGUUAGCUUGUGUUUAGCAAAUUCACAGACGGAUAACAGUGGGAGUUAGCCGGCGAAUUACAACUGGCAUCAGCUGACGUUAGCUUGCUAGCUACUCAGCGAGCGGCCACUAGCUUCUUCUGCCUCGUUGUCACUGGAGAGCACCGAAUCGUAUAUGAGAGGCUGUAAAUAUUGGCACAACUUUGCCUGAUAUUUGAAAACAGCCACCCGACGCUUAGUACUUAUAUUUAUUUUUGAUCUUGUUGUCUGUUGACCGUAGUUUUGUCAAAACGGCGCCGUUAACGAACUGCAACCUUAUUGCAUACUGUCAGAGACCAACUACCCCCCGGAUUCUCUCGAAAUGCAUCAUCCGGACCCUGCAGGAGACUCUGGCAGUGUUAGAAAGAUGGCGCACCCGGCUGUCUUUCACAGAAGGGGUAGCAACACAGGCAGCGGGAGCGGCUCCACGCUGUCAACACCUGCAAACCCGGUGGUCAAUAACAGCCACGUCUCAGCCGAUGAUUAUCAACCCUCCCUGUUGAUUCAGUGCCAACCUCCUGCUGGUUCAUCCUCCCCGGGUCCCCAUCAUCCGCCUCCCCACAGCCUGAAUCUGCAUUCCCAGCCCCAGCCCGCACAAUCGGCCGGAGCUCAGAUGAAAAAGAAGAGUGGUUUCCAGAUCACAAGUGUGACUCCAGCACAAAUAUCUGUGAGUACCAACAACAGUAUUGCAGAGGACACAGAGAGCUACGAUGACCUGGAUGAGUCCCACACAGAGGAUCUGUCUUCUUCUGAAAUCCUGGACGUGUCCCUCUCCCGAGCUAAUGACAUAGUUGGAGGAGAGAGAAGCUCUUCAGAGGAGACACUGAAUAAUUUCCAUGAGGCAGAGACCCCUGGGGCUGUCUCCCCCAACCAGCCUUCGCACCCCCAUGCACUGAACCAGGCUCAACAGCAUGGUGGGGCCAUGGUGAACGGGACUGUGCACCAUCACCAUCAACACCCUCAUCAUCCUAACCAUGCGCAGGUCUACUCUCUGUCCUCUGGGCCUGGGAGCAUCCACUCUGCCCUCACUCCUGGAGCGUUAUCUUGUGUCACCCAGAAAAUGCCUUCUAAUAUGGGGGGCCCUCAAGAGAAUGUUUCCCAGACUGCCCCUCCAAAUAUUGUUGCUCAGCCUGUGGGGGUUGUGGCCUUGGGAUCUGUCCCUGGAAUGCACAGCUCUGUUACAGGCACUACAGUUAGCAUAGUUAAUCCCCAGACCAGCAGCGUUAGUAAUGUGAAUAUGUUGAGCUCUGCCAACGUGCCUGUGAGAGGGGGGAUCAGCACAAGUGCUAGCAGUAGCAGUGGUGGUUUUCCUCUCAAUGUGAUAAGCAGCAGCGGGGGGAGCGGAGGUGGCGCUGUUGCAGCCGGGGGCAGCCUUAUGAACACCACUAAAAUUGGCAUGAUCCAGCAACACCAAAACAUCAGCUCCAACAUCACUAUGACUACUACAACUUCUGCUGCUGUUGCUGCUGCUGCUGCUGUCAGUGCCUCUGGAAUGGGACUCUCCAGUGGGAUCCAGGGAAGAGUUGGAUCUGCUGUGCUGCAGCCUGUGAGUGCCCCUGUCACAGCCAUGGCCACAACCUCUGUAUCAUCUACUCCUGCCCCAGCUCCAGCCCCUGCCGUGGCUACCACCAGUUCUCGCUUCAGGGUGGUGAAGCUGGACUCUAGCUCUGAGCCCUUCAAGAAGGGCAGAUGGACAUGUACUGAAUUCUAUGACAAAGAAACCCCAGCCUCUGUUCCCAGUUCCUCUGCAUCUGAUGCUGGAUCUCUCAGCAUGCGUCAGUAUGUCUCUGAGAGUUUUGCUGGGGCUUCAGAGAGGGAAAGCACAAGUGGUAGUUCUGUGAGUAGCACUAUGAGUACACUGAGCCAUUAUACUGAGAGUGUGUGCAGUGGAGAGGCUGGGGGACCCCCAGUACCCCAGCAUGUCCAGGAUUAUGCCUCCCCGCCUCAGGGUUUUCAAGGAAUCCUCCCCAGUGGCUUAAGCAUGGGAGUGUCCCUAACCCAACCUCACAUGCACGCCCAGGAUCUUACCCAUUCACAUGUGAAGACUACUGUGGCCCCCUUGGCUCCUACAAACAUUCAUCAGCCUGCUCCCAUGCCAGGCCACCAGACUACCAUUGGACUCCCUACACCUUCUAUACCCCAGCAGCAGCUCACCUAUGCCCAGGCAGUUGCUAAUCAACCUCCAGGCUCCACGCAGGGCCUAGUAGGUGUUCAUCAGCAGAAGAUAGGCUAUGCCCCCCUGCCACAGCAGCCAGCUGCUGCCCCCCAAGCAGCCCCAGUGCAAGUGAGGCCACCUGAGUACACCCAGCCACACCAAGGUAUCCCCCAAGCUGCUGCUUCUCAAUCUCUGUCCAACCAAGGUGGAUCGGCUAAUGGAUCGUGUCAGAUGAUAGGAGGCCCUCAACAGUCACAGGCACUCCUCCACACACAACCCCAGCAGCCCUCCUCCCUUCAGGCCACCACCUCUACUAUGCCCUCGCAUAUUGGAGUAGCAGGCCUUGGCCAGCAGCCUCAGAGCCCCCCUGGCCAUCUGGAUUGUCAGCAGCAGAAGCCACAGUCACUCCCUACACAAAUCCAAACCCCGGGCCUGGGUGCCCAGCUGCCCAAUACAGUCCACCAGAGCCAAGUGUCUGCACCGAGUGUGCCUCCUACCAAUCCUCAGAGUGAUCCCCAGGCCCAACCCCAGCCCCAAGCCCACAACACUGGGAAUAGUGGUAGGAUGCCCGCACAGGUUGUUCCCCACAGCCAGCCGUCAUCUGCCAGCUUGUCCCAGGAGCACAGCAGUGCCCAGGCCCUCGCUCAUGCUGCCCAGGCCAGUGCCCUGUAUGCUAGUCUGCCCACUUUCACCACCACUCAGCUGCAGGAUGCCCAGCGGUUGCUUCUCCAGCACCAGUCGGCUCUGUUGGGGCUGCCCAAGUUGUCCGGAGGGGAGGCUGGAUCUGGAUCCAGCACUGGCCAGGGUCAAGAAGCUGAGGGCAAUACCACCACCACCAGUGCCUUAACUGCAUCAGCUGGUCUUAAGUCUGUUGAUGGAGAGGAGGAUGGUUCGUCAGGAGCCAGCGUUGUGGCCAUAGACAACAAGAUAGAACAAGCAAUGGACCUGGUGAAGAGUCACCUGAUGUACGCUGUGCGUGAGGAAGUGGAGGUCCUAAAAGAGCAGAUCAAGGAGCUGAUAGAGCGCAACUCCCAGCUGGAGCAGGAGAACACCCUGCUGAAGACACUGGCCAGCCCAGAACAGAUGGCCCAGUUUCAGGCCCAAGUUCAGACUGGCUCCCCGCCUGCCCCUCCGACAGCUGCCACACCGGGACCCCCAAACACCGCCACCCUCGCCCAGCCCGCAUUGCACAGCUCUGGCCCCUCGGCGUAGCCCGGUCUGCACUGACAAAACAGACUGACUGACAGUUUUUGAGUUCUGCUACCGCAGCAGAGCCAAACCUCGCCUUCUACAGCAGGAGGUUGCGCUGUUAAGACAAGAAUUUGCACAUAUUUAUCUCUCAGAAGGAUGCAGCCAGCGGGACGAGCAGUGCUGUGCUUUACAGCACAGCGGAGGGUGACAAUCUUGAGACACUGUUUUGGGGGCUGGGGUGGGGUUGUUUAAUAGGAGGAUGAAUCAUUGAACAUUUGCCAAAUAACCCUUGGACAUAUCAACUAGAAUGUCUUACCAAGAAAAACAAAACAGCUUAUCAGUGGCGACAGUAUACUUAACUAUAGAUUUAAAAAAAUCACUGUGCCUGUGUCUGGAUUUUAAGUGAUGUCGAUUUUACUGAUGAGGGAGAUGAUGAUGGAGCAGGAGAUGGAGGACUCUAUUGGUUGUUACCUUUUUGCUGAAUAAUGUAAAUAAAAGUGGUUCUCUCUCAAAGCUAGAUCUUAAAGUUACAAGUUGAGAGAUCUGAGAGAGAGAGAGAGGAAGAGAGAAAAGGCCUUCUCAGAGUGACAAAUGAAGAAUGUUAGCAAUUAUUAUCAUGACGAAGUCCCCAUCUGGAAUGGGGGAGUCAGGGGGAGGGCUGGGGAGGGGGUGGGAGGCUAUUUUGAACAACACUUGGCAGCAUUGAUGACGUUACUUCAACUGUGGGUUGGUGGGAUGAACAAAACAUGGUUUCUUAUGGAGAUGAUGAUAUUCUAUUUUCAGUAUUUCACUUUCAAGCUUCUCAUUUUGCCCUUGACAAAGCUCAUUAUUGCUGUUUUCUCAACCCUGCAGUGGCAUGUAAUUUAAACCUUAUUUGACAGGGUUGAGACAUCGGGCUAAGCUGCAUUUUCUUUUUUCCUAAAAGUUUGAUGGGCAGAAAACGAUGUAUAUUUCUGUAUAGUGUAAGUACCAUGUAAAAUAGUGAGGAGAAGGAGAAAAAUAACAGAUGCUAUCUAGGUCACACAGAUUGAAGCGGGUGAGCGAGGGACGUGCUAGUCUUGCCCAGUCUGUGUUGUCUAUUUUUAAUGCUGUAUUUUCAGGACUGUGGAUCGACAGGAGUUUAGGUUAUUUAACUGACAACACGCAGCGAACAAUGCUGUCCAUAUCCCUUACUGCAACAUUAACUCUUUGACUGUAAAUCCAUUUUCACUUGGCUCUUUUUCUUUCUGGAGUAUUGCACCUUUAAUUUUUUUUUAAAAAGUUUUGACAGUGAAGUACUUCUGGAUGGACAAUAUCUCAACAUCUAAAAAAAAAAAAAAAAACUAACAAAAAAAAGAACAGAAAACAAAUACAAACUCUGGAGAUGUUAUUUCUUUUUCAUUCUGUGUAUCAGUUGUAUGCUCAUGUUCUGUGCAUGUUUCCGCAAAGACCGGAUAAGAUAUUGUAACAUACAUACCACAAUUGCACUUGACAGCUGCACUUCACAACUUUCAAUAAACAUGCUUAAGGAAGAAUAA